GUGCAGAUACUCAUGUCCGACACUGGCGGGGGUCACAGGGCGUCCGCCAACGCCUUACGAGACGCCUUUGAUACACUGCAUCCCGGCAGAAUACAGUGCGAUAUUGUCGAUAUUUAUACAGAGUACGGACCAUUUUGGCCGUACGAUUCCUAUAUUGAACUCUAUAAAUUCGCGGCCAAAUAUCCGAUCACUUGGGAUAUUUUUUAUCAUUUCGGCGCAACCGAUUUUGGUAUCUGGUUGAAUCGACUCAUGCUGGAGUUGUUUUGUUUUGAACCCUUCAAAACUUGCUUGUCUCGACCAUCGGGGAAUUCCGGGAAAAAGGCCGAUAUGGUGGUGUCCGUACAUCCUCUUACCCAAGAUAUCCCGCUACGGAUAUUGGCGGAACUGGAUUCGAACGGAGCGACGCGGGAACGGACCGGGCGGAAAACGCCGUUUUGUACCGUCGUCACUGAUCUCGGGAGUGCCCAUCCAACUUGGUUCAACAAAGAUGUCGACAAAUGCUUUGUUCCGUCCGAUGCAUUGUACCUGGCUGCCAAAAAGCGACAGCUCCAAGACUCGCAAAUCGUGCAAUACGGAUUGCCAAUCCGACAAGGGUUUUGGGCAAACAGCGAGUCGGCGCAUGUGGCGCCAGAAAAGGUACGUAAAUCGCUUCGCCGUCAAUUGGGUUUGGACGAAAAUCUUCCGACCGUCUUGAUCGUCGGUGGCGGGGAUGGAAUGGGAGGAAUUGUUGAGAUUUCGAAAAGUCUGGGUGUUGCUUUAGGCACAGCCAGUACCACUACACAAAUGGUUGUUGUUUGCGGCAACAACCAAGAAGCCAAGGCAAGUUUAGAGAAGGAAUCCUGGGGUACCACAGUGCGAGUCAACGUUCAAGGCUUCGUCGAGAACAUGGACGAAUGGAUGAAGGCUUCGGAUGCUUUGGUGACCAAAGCCGGCCCCGGAACAAUCGCUGAAGCAUCAAUCUGUGGACUACCUUGCAUGCUCUUUUCGUAUCUCCCCGGCCAAGAAGAAGGCAAUAUUCCGUUCGUCGAAGAGGCUGGUUUUGGAAAGUACAGUGGCGACGCCUCCGUGAUUGCCAAUACUGUGAGCUCGUGGCUGCUGUCCCCCGAGAAGCUUGAAGCAAUGCGAAAUGCUGCGCUAGCCGCCGCGCGGCCACAGGCUACGCUAAAUAUUGCCAAAGACUUG